AUGGAAUCAAAUAAUGAUGAAAGAUUAAAUAAUCUGGCAAAUAAACUGGCAACUUUCAGAGGUAUUAAUGAAGACAUAAAUCAACAGGCAAUUAAUGAUGAUUCACUUUUGAAUCAGUUAAAUGAUUCCUUUACAAUAAUGGCAAGUAAUAUCAAGGACUCUGCAUCAAGGCUAGCAAGGACCAUGAAUAUGGGGAACAGUGUUUGGAAAAUGGUAGGGUUAGCAUUACUAAUUUUUUUCAUAAUAUAUACCUUAUUUAAAUUAUUUUAA